AUGUUCAUUGCAGUUGGCUGGGCCCGCAGAAGGCCACUAGCGGACCCUUAUUCACUUGUGCGUACCCUCGCUUCAGCAGGCACGCCACUUGGAGGCCCCUCAAACCUCCGUUGCUGCUCCUCCUCCAACAACAACAGCAGCGCAGGUGUUGUGAGCAGCCGGCGUUUUUUCAGUAGCCACUCGAAGGAUGGUGGAGAGGACAAAGGCACGGAUAAAGAUCCGGUGGAGCGUGUGGAGGGAGAGUCGUUGACUGUUGAAGGCCGGUGGGGUAAUAGCCGCAGGUGGGCGGGUGCGGAGCAACAAGAACAACAACAACAGGCCGCCAAUGACGCCAUCACACGACUGUUUCACGACGACAUGCAACGGAAGUCGUUGCAGCGGAAGCCCGGAAUAACGCUUGGUUCCCAAACUACCACCACAGUGAUUACAACGUUGCCCGAGGGAGAUACCACGGAUGGAGUGGACAACAGGCCGGGUGGGGAAGGCUCUUUCUCUUCUCUCGUGAGCGUGGAAGCAGUUGAACAAGAAUUAUUGGAUGAUGCCUUCUUGUACCUCCCUCCCGCAGUAAAUGUAGGAGAGCGCGCGAAAACGGCGCCGGAUGGAGAGGCGUAUGUGCCAGGCCAGCAGAUCAUACCCCCGGGUAGCACGCGUUACCGUGUGGACGUGCAGUACCAGGGGAGCGACUUUGACGGCUGGUGGAAGAGUACGAAACGUGAGUUGUACCGGCGGGAGGUAUCGCCUGACGGCACCGUGCGACGGGUGCCUCUCAGAGGGGCGGAUGACGGUGCGAGUGAGACCCCCGCUGGAGAGACCAUGAGCAGCAGGUACCACGCGAGGACAGUGCUGGAGGAGGCACUCGCGGUGGCGCUCGACGUGCACAGUGUAAAGGUGGUUGCGGGCGUCAUUCCUGAAGUGGGGGUGUCGGUGCGCCGCCUGUGCUGUCAUGUGGAUGUACCAAGUCACAUUGAGCUGCAGCCGCGUACGAUCAUCCAGCGUGCGACCAUGUGGCUAGAAAAGAAAAAGCAGCCACUCGCUAUUCUCAGUUGCCAGCGGUGCAAAAAUCAGGACUUUCACGCACGUCACAGCGGAUUGAGACGAGUCUACGUGUACCGCAUCCUCAAUCGCGUUGCACCCCCACUCUUUGAUGCGGGGCUGCAGUGGCACGUGGACCGUCACUUGGAUGUGGACCGUAUGCAGCGCUUUGCCAAAGCACUGGAGGGCACAAAAGACUUUGGUUACUUUGCUGACCCUAAAAUGGCCAAUGCACUCCGCCGCGCUGCGGUGAGCCAAAGUGGACUGUCAACAGCAGCUGCUGUAGAAGAGCACUAUCAGCCCACCGCCUCCGGCGACUCGCCACGAGCGACACGUGGUAAGGCAGCGAAGAUGCCACUGGAGAAAGGCCCCAGCAACUUGGACCGCGCCGCUUCCCUUCCAACAUUCAACGAGUACGGUCAGCGCAUUGUGCAGCCAGGUGCCCAUGCUAGGGAGUAUUACCGUGCCGCAACUAAUCUUCCGACGAUACGCACGGUGGACCGCCUCGACGUUGUGCGGCAGGACGACGAGGUGUUAAUAUGGUUUGUGGGCAAGUCCUUCCUGCGUCACCAGAUACGCAAUAUGGUGAGUGUGCUGAAGGCAGCAGGGCACGGGAUGUGGGACGAACUGGAGCUCCAGCAGGCGCUGCAAAGUGGGUUUGAGCCGUCGCGGCGGCGGUUCCAGCGGGAGCGCUUCCCACCAGCGCCGGUGUACGGCCUGACGCUGUGGGAUGUUGAGUACCCGAAGCAGCACCGCGCCGACUACGUCCCUUUCGUGGACUCCGGGCCCUAUGAGGAGAUCAACAUUGCGCGUGACAUUUAA